AUGGAUUUCAAGACGAAUAUUCUUGAUUUUUGGCUGGAAAAGAUGGUGCAACGGCUCACGAGAGCAGUAAGCCUCAACGAAUUCCCUGAAAUGAACCUACGCACUUCAAGCCUUACGUACUUAGGUGCUGUGCUUUUGAGUCUUUCUGUCCCGGGACAAGGAAUCGCUGACGGUUCGAAUGAAUUUCCAGUAUUGGUUGAUUCAUGGGACGACUUCAUCGUGAGUUACAAGGGACAGAAUCUUAGUCUGAGAGAUAUUUUUCGUCGUCAGAAUGUUACUCCCCCGGAAGGAAAGUCGUUUUUCUAUAAGGUUAAAAGACAGAAGACUUCGAAACACCAGUCAUGUAAAGGCAGAUGUUUCAGUGAAGAAAGGAAAAAGGACAUGACCUGUUACUGUGACAACGCAUGCAAAACGUUUGGAGACUGUUGCCUGGAUUUUUACUCGAGGUGCAUUCAGAGUAGUAGUAAUGCACUACUUCAGGAUAAGGAAUGUGGAGAUGUCAACAGCUAUUUAUGGUCCGGGGUAAUCAUGCGAUCUACUUGCAGUUCGCAAGAAAAUCAGAGCACCAAAGACUGCCAUACCCUGACUGUCCAACAGUUAAAUAUGACUUUACAAAAAGAACUCGCUGUCUCUGCCAAAAAUGUAACAUAUAGAAGCAUCGCUUGUGCCAAAUGUAAUUAUGAAGAAAAUGCAAGUUUCUGGGCUUUAAGUAUUUCGUGCAAAAGUACCACAGGAAAUCCACCUGCUCCGAACAUCACUGCUUUGACGAAGUUUUUGAAGGAGCACGAAGAUUGUUCCUGGAAAUACGUACCAACUCACAACCUUACAAGCCAUUAUAGAAGUUGUGUGGUAAAGGAUGCACGCUGCGCUACGAACAAGUCAAACAUCUUGCCUAUUGUUCGAGAAUUGUGUGCUUUGUAUUCUAUGGUCUUCACAGUUGAUGGUAAAAGAAGCUACAGGAAUCCUCACUGUGCUUUGUGUAAUCAAGAGGGAUGGCUAAUUCCUCAGAAAAGUAACUCACCUGGGAUAUCGAAUGUAGACCCGCCCUACACACCUCCAUUACGAAUCCUUCUUGAUGUGAGCCCAAACGUAAAAUUCACAACCGAAUCGAGAGAGAAAUCACAACCUACGAUCAAUACUGAAGCUCCGCGAUUUCAAGUUUUCAACAUGUCUUCGCAAGUGCUUAACUGUACAUCAACUGGCAUCAACAACUGCACUUGCCAAGCUUUGAUUCUAGCAAAUAAUCAAUCAAGUCGGGCAAGCUUGUCGUCAAACAAAACCCUUGUGACAUUGACAUCAAGUCGGAUUUCAUAUGACAACGAUUUCUUAAGAUUGCAGGGAAACGAUGUUUCUAAUUUGUGCCCAACAGCCCAGCCUGGACCAUUAGAUGCACUCACGAAAUAUGAAAAUGACAAUUUAGUGCUAGUUCACUUCACCUUUGCUGCUAUGAUUUUGUCCAUCGUCUCGCUGUGUUUUCUUCUCGCUGUUUACCUGUCUUUUAAAGAACUGAGAAAUCUGCCCGGGAGAUGUGUGAUCAAUCUCUCCGGAGCGUUAUUGUGUUAUCAAGCAUUUUUUCUCAGCGCAAAGAAGUCAACAGAAGUCCCUAUCCUCUGUCAAGCAGUGGCCAUUUUAAUUCAUUUCUUCGCUCUUUCCGCAUUUUCAUGGAUGGCCGUUAUGGCCUUUGAUACAGCAAGUACCUUUACUCCAACAGUGGCUGACACAAGUAGGCAACCAUCAGACACCAGAAAGAUCUUCAUCAAGUAUUGCAUUCUGGGAUGGGGACUUCCUGCUGUAAUCGUUGGAUUUUGCAUUGUGUUGGACCUCACUGGAACUUUCCAUGUCGGAUACGGAAAUUUCCUCUUCUGUUGGAUAUCAGAUAACACAGCCCUGACUGUUGUCAUGGUAACGCCUGUAAGCGCUGCUUUGAUCUUCAAUGUAAUCUGCUUCGCAAAAAGCGUGUAUGCCAUUCGUCAUUUACAACAGGCUGCCGCCCUUGCAGCAUCUAACAGCUCUAAAGCUUCUCUGAUUCUCAUCUGCAUCAAACUGACCACAGUCAUGGGUUUGACAUGGAUUCUGCAGCUUGCUGCUAAAUGGAGACACACAGAGUUCUUACAAUAUCCCUCCGCUGUAUUGAACAGCAUGCAAGGGUUAUUCAUCACUUCGUGUUUUGUUACCACUAAGAAGGUGCGAGGUCUCUUCAAAGAGAGAUUCUCUAAUCGAAGAAGUCGUUCAGUUGAACCCCAAACAAACUCUGCUCGUGACCAACCUACUGUGGGAAUCACUGAUGUUGAAAGAGCUGAAGAUGCUACUAUCGUUCCCAGGGAACAAGGGAGAACAAAUUCUCAAAGAAGAUAAACCUCUUUUUAUGCACAUGGAAUAGAAUGAGACUUUCGGCCUUUCCAUUAAAGCUGUAACAUAGUGCGUGUAAAACGAACACAGAUUAUUAUGGGAUAAUUUGGUAUGAUCAACAGAGUUAAUUACGUAAAUUGGCUAUCGUAAAGAGUUUCAAAGGUGACGUUUCGAGCGUUAGCCCUUCAUCAGAGCGUCAGAUCAUUAUGCAUCUGAAAACUUUCGGCAUAUUACUCAAACGAGCUGCUUUACUAAAUAUGAAGAUUUCAAAGCUGCUUAGCUAAAGGUAAUUAGCUUACCGUAAUACUGGAAGCUAGUAUUAUCAUUGUUUGUAUUGUAAAUGGUAUGACUAGUAGUAAUGAAAGUAUUGAAAGUACACACGUUUUUUUUUUUUGCUAUAGCACGUCUGUUCAUUGAUAGAUCACAGAUGCAAAUAACUGAUAUAUGUAAUCUACUGGUGUACAAACGCACGAAGAUCGAUUGAUGUUAUUGCUGUAAUAAGUAUGUUAUCAUGAUUAAAUAGGAUUAAAAAUCACAUACCGGCAAAAACUUGACAUAGUAGAAAAUUCGGGUAAACAAGUUUCGGUUGAUCGAAGGAUCGAUCUGUGUUGUGCAUGUUGCUCAAGUCAACAGGUGUUUGACAAACACUGUAUGUACUCUUCCAGUGUAAUGAAUUUCCAUGUUUAUGAACGCACGAACAUCGAUUGAUGUUAUUGCUGUAAUAAGUAUGUUAUCAUGAUUAAAUAGGAUUAAAAAUCGUAUACCGGCAAAAACUUGACAAUGUAGAAAAUUCGUGUAAACAAGUUUCGGUUGAUCGAAGGAUCGAUCUGUGUUGUGCAUGUUGCUUAAGUCAACAAGUGUUUGAUAAACGCUAUAUGUACUCUUUCAGUGUAA